AAAAAAUCUAACAGAAUCCCAUGGCCAUAAACAACACAAAUAUCAGUUCACUCCGUUACAAAUCCUUUCCUCGCAUCACAUAUCCCAUAAACCAUCCUCCCUUCCCCUCCCAUUAUGGCCGCCGUCGAAUCCUUCGAAGAUUGGGAGUCAGUUCACUUCCCCGAGAAGAACCCCUCCUCCUCUUCCUCCGCCGUCGCGCCGAUUGAGUCGGAAACGAUCGCCGACGUUCAACAAAACGACACCGUUGCCACGUCCUCCGUGUCUCCUCCUUCGGCCGGCGUCAUUUGCCCUCCUCCACCAAUUAACCACGAAAUCGUCCAGAUUAAUCAACCGUCUUCCCUAACCCUCUCCCUCCCGCCACCGGAGAAUGAAUCCGGCGAUGAAAGAGGAGGGAGUGAAAUUGGGGGUGCGGAUUCAGGGGAGAGGAGGAGGAGGAGGGAUCCGUUCGAGAUUCUGAAGUCGGGAAUCUAUCGGGUGGCGCGGUGGUGCGCCGUCGGCCGGGGGAGCAGCGGGCUGUGGUCGUGCGUGGUGGCGGCGGCGGCGGUUUUGAUGUACGCGAGGCUAGUGAAGUGGAGGCGCUGGGUGCGGGACGAGACGGCCAACCGUUUCAGUCUCCUUAUCAGAGAAAAAGAUGAGAAAAUCAAGCAGCUGAUGUUGCAGAUUGCGAGGCUGAACGAGAUGCUUGUACAGCGGCGCAGAGUUCUUGUGGUUCGAGUUCCUCACUAUUACAGUCUAUAGAAACGCUGUAAAUCGAUCAAAGUUUGUUUGGCCUAUAAUUAAGUUGCUUGCACCAAUCUCUCCCAUUCGAUCGAUCCAAAUUUGCCAACAAAUUGCUAUAUAGUGAGUGCACUAGUCAACUUUGCUGUUUCGUUGGUGCAACCUGCAGCGAAGAAAAGAUUUGCUCUAAUGCCUGGAGUUUUGG